AUCAAGGGUGAAGGCACAUAUGCAAAGUUGGAUAAUUUAACACUUUUGGAAAUUCACACUGUAAGGCCAAUUCUCCCGCAUUCUUUGGAUCAUAUUGCUCGUUAUCAGCGGACGGCGAUGGCUACGCAACGGGAUACUUCUUCAUUAGGUUUGAGUAAUUCAAUGAAUACGAGUCAUUUCUCACAAUAAAUAAAGAAAAAAUAUACUCAUCUGCGUUUUCUACAUGAUAAAAACAUGGUUUUCUACAAAUACCUCUUUGGACAUUUUGCUCAGUAUUUUUGGCAUGCAAUCAUUUGCUUUGAUUUUUCACUACCUUAACGAAUUUUGAGGUCUGGCAUCAUUUUUCAGUAGACAAUCAGCUGUUUGACUCAUCUUUGAUGACGUUUCGUGUUGAUGCAAUUUUUCCCUGUUUCAUUGGGAUUCGGUUUUUACGAAAAUUGAACAAAUUUUUAAAACCUUCCGGAAAUUGGCCAUUUGAAAGGUGCGUUCAUAAGUCAAAAUAUUAAGAAACGGACAUACAUAUACCACAAAAAGGCAAAUACAGGAACAGCCUGCAAUUGAUUUGCCUCUUGUGGACUACCAAGAUCCUGUCGUUCAUCUAAAAAAAAAAACAUACAAAAUGAAUGAAACUGAGUUGGAAGGGAAUGCUGAUGAUGACAAUGCCAUCAGGCCAGUUGGAACCAAUAGAAUUCAUUUUGCAAAGGACGUAAAAAAUGCAAUCGAUGAGGUAUUAAAAACUGAGGAUCCCAUGGACUCGCCGGAUUUCAACACAGUCGAUUACAUAAAUCAGCUCUUUCCGAAUGAACAUUCUUUGGUGAGCAUUGAUGAGACCAUACAGCGUAUGCAGUGCGAAGUGUCACUUAUUGAUGAUAAUAUACGCGCCGUCGUACGUGGCCAAACGAAUACCGGCCAAGAUGGACAAAUGGCAUUGACCGAGGCGCAAAAAGUAAUAUCUACAUUGUAUGCCCAUAUUAUAGAUGUAAAAACGCGGGCUGAGAAAACUGAGGAAAUGGUUAAGGAGAUUACACGCGACAUCAAGCAAUUGGAUUGUGCAAAACGAAACCUUACUUCGGCUAUAACCACGUUAAAUCACCUGCAUAUGUUGGUGGGUGGAAUCGAAAGCUUAAAUAAGUUGAUUGAAAAACGGUUGUAUGGGGAGAUACUUAAUCCAUUGCAAGCAAUUACUGAAGUAAAUCAGCAUUUCAAGCAGUAUUCUGAUAUUGAAGAAAUCAAGAAUCUCUCCCAAAAUGUCGAUAAAAUUCAAGUUACUCUGGCCAAACAAAUCGCGGACGAUUUCAAAGAGGCAUUUUCUACAAAGUCAAGUACAGCAACAAGUGCUGGAAACAAACACCAUUUGGGAUUAAAUCAACUGGCAGACGCCUGUAAAGUGAUUUCCGUGUUGGAUCCGAAAGUCAAAAAAGAUUUGUUGAAAUGGUUUAUUGCUCAACAGCUAGAGGAAUAUGUGCAACUCUUUCACGAAAACCAAGAUAUCGCUUGGUUGGACAAAAUCGACAAGCGCCAUGCAUGGUUGAAGCGACACCUACUAGACUUUGAGGAUAAAUUCGGUGCUGUGUUUCCACUUGAUUGGGAAGUAUCUGAGCGCAUUACCGUCGAAUUCUGUCGCCUCACACGCGAGCAACUCUCUCAUAUCAUGGCAAAACGCAGCAAUGAAAUAGAUGUGCACCUUCUUCUCUUUGGCAUUAAUAAAACUCAAGCUUUUGAACAACUUCUUUCGAAACGCUUCACCGGCGUAACUUUGGGCGCUGAAAAGCUUCUGGCGCCGACAGCUCUUAAGUUACUACCAGAAAGUGGUGUUAUCGAUCCAAAUGCGCCAACGACAAUUGGUUUAUUUCACGAUCAAAUCGGCAGUUGCUUCAAAGCACAUCUGAGUAUUUACAUUAAGAGUAUCGAUCGUAAUCUGUCAGAGUUGAUGGAAAAGUUUGUUGAGCCAUUAAAAGUGUCAGAAUCGAGAACCACUGUGUACCCAAGGUGCAUGAAUAGUUCAGCGGACUUAUUUGUAUUCUACAAAAAGUGCAUGGUGCAAUGUAAUCAGCUUAGCAAUGAACAGCCUAUGUAUGAGUUAGCGCUGGUCUUCAAAAAAUAUCUACGUGAAUACGCAAGCAAAGUUUUAGAAUUCAGCACGCCGAAAUUGAUGACGACUACUGCCUCAAUUGGCAAAAGCAUGUCUUUACUUACGCGUGAUAUGCAGAAUCUAUCCACAGCAGCCGGCCAAGUAUUCCAUAACUUUUUGAAAGAAGGUGAAACACAACGUUUCCCGCGCGAAGAUUUAAUCCAAAUUUGUUGUGUCCUAACCACCGCUGAAUACUGUUUGGAAACUGUACAACAGUUAGAAGAUAAACUAAAGGAGAAAGUAUCUGCUGCCUUUGUUAACAAGAUUGAUAUGUCUGAAGAGAAGGAUGUCUUUCAUCGCAUCAUCUCCAACUGCAUACAAUUACUAGUGCAAGAUUUAGAAGCAGGCUGUGAGCCAUCACUACAGUCCAUGUCCAAGGUGCAGUGGCAAAGUAUUAGAAAUGUCGGCGAUCAAAGCGGCUUCAUCAACAGCAUGUACGCGAAUUUCAAGCAGACUGUGCCCGUUAUACGGGACAAUUUAGCCACAUCACGCAAAUAUUUUACACAAUUCUGCCAUAAAUUUGUCAAUGCAUUUAUUCCGAAAUUCAUUAGUGUCCUCUAUAAAUGUAAGUUGACGCAUUCCGAUGGAUCUAACAAUGUUCUGGGUUGUGAGCAACUUUUGCUCGAUACACACAGUCUAAAAACGGCGUUACUCGAUUUACCUUCAAUUGGUUCGAGUGUGAAUCGCAAGGCACCCACUAGCUAUACUAAAGUAGUCGUCAAAGAUAUGACACGUGCCGAAAUGAUUAUUAAAGUAGUAAUGACGCCGGUGCAACCGCCAGCACACUUUACACAGCAAGUGCUUAAACUUCUGCCAGACAUCACUAUUGCAGAGUAUCAGAAAAUUCUAGAUAUGAAAGCCGUAAAGCGUGUGGAUCAAUUGCAAUUGAUUGACUUAUUCAAACACACUGCCUCUCAUGUGGCUGUGGUAGGCAGUGAUUCGCCGGAGUUAGCAGCGACAAAUGUCGAAAGCGGUGCUGCACCCGCGCAAGGGGACUUGCAGUCGAAUGAAGAUCAGAAUACUACUACGGCGGCGUCAAAGGACACAACUGACAGCGGUGAUGCGCCGUAUACAGCUGCUGCAACAUCUACGCCAAAACGUGCAUUUAUUUUUAGCGUUGGUAGCUUUACUGGUGGCGCAGAAAAAAAUGCAGAUGGCACUUCAAAUAGUGGUGGCGAUCGUGGGCGCAUACGCAAGCUAGAGAGCUUGCUGAAGAAGCGUUUGCCGUAAGCAGGUGGCGCGCGUAAUGAGGUCAAUCCGAGUAGUGAUGAUUGCAUGCGGUGUGCGGCUUAGAUAUAAAUUUUUCUUGUUUGUUUCACUUAUAUGUUUGUGGUGAGUAUUACAUUCCAUUUUACUUUCUGUUUUUAUGCGUUCUUGAAAGUUUUUUUGGAUUGACGAAUUCUGCAGCUUUGCAGAUAAGUUAUAAGUUGGCCCUAGCAAAACAGAACUAUUAUCAUAAAAUAAUGAUGUAAUGAGUUUUUUCAAAGCGGGAUCAGGAAGAUAAUUUUCAUUUAUAAAUAAAAAAAUAUUCAAAUAAAAUGUGCUCUUUUGAGUUUUAGCGACCAAUAUCGUCAUUGCGAAUUUUAAAAUAUGUAACUGAAAUAAAAGCGGUCGCCGGUAGGCAAUGGCAAACCUCCGAGUGUAUUCCUGCCAUGAAAAACAGCUUCUCAUAAAAAUACAAUCGCCGU